UAACUAAAACCAAACCAUUUCAUUAAUAGAUAUACAUACAGUAAUGGAUGUCGUAAAUAAAAGAUCAACAAAAUUGAUGGCAAAUCACUAACUCGGUUUUGUAAAAAACCUCCCAGGCACGACUAUCGAGAAACACAACUUUUUAAAUUUCUCCAACGCUGGUGGAACUGAAGCUCGCCGACGUCGGGAUCUCUCUUCCACGUUUCGAAUCUUCUACAACAUCCAUUACUCUUUUCGUUUACUUCCUAGUAUCGUGUAUCUCCAUUUUCAUGUUAUGGCAAUGGAAUCGUCUUUAGCCCUACCUCUACAUGCCGACCCAGGAAGCGACAGAGAACGACGAUUGUUUACGGUGAACCAUCUAUCCUAUGCCCUGUUCUCGCCGUCUGGGAAGCUGGUAGAAGAUGAAUCCCUAGUAUCCAAAGUCCCUUUAAGGUCGGAAGCGGAAGCCUACACCGAUCUACCACCUAGAACUCCGGAGCCUAUACGUUCCUAUUUCCUCGCCUAUCACCGACCUCACCAGAAGCACAUGGCUGCAACACCUUUGUUGGUGAGGAAGAUGACGGCGGAAGGUUUUACCCUAAUCCAGCUGGUGGUUCCCCCAAAUGGACUCGGCCCAUUAAGCUCACAGUCUCGGCCCAGAUUCAGAAUUGCUUUAAUAUAUUUUCUACCAGACUGGACCAGCAAAAGGAUUAAGCUUGUUCUGCAUCUACGCGAAUCACAACCUGGUAAUCAACCACUCUCGUUUUGCUCUACACACUUGAGAUCCCUAGUUUUAGAAACCCUUAUGUAUAUGUUUCGUGAACGCUUGAAGUCUUAUGGCAUGUUUAUCCUCGUCCCUCAAUCGCGUAAAGGAUGUAAGCUCGGAUGUACUUAUUCUUUCUAGUGUAGCACCGGCUACUAGCUUUGUGUUGAACUCCUUAACCUCCAUGGUCGCUGGCUUUAUGCGAGGGAGGACCCACCUGCUCUGUUACGGUUUGUUACCCACCAAAUGUGAUCCCCGGUUAUAGCUUCAUCAAAAGCUAUGAGGUAUGUGCACUCUACUAGAUUGCUUUUUGAAUUUGUCUCUCACUCGACCCUUAGAUUGUGUGAAUGUGGCCACGACCUUGCUUUGGUAGUGAAGCAUAGUACGAGUAAGAACUCCUCCACAAUGCUUAUUUAUCCAGCCUCUUCAAUAAAAGGCAAUGAUGUUCUACCUGAGAAUUGGUCUUGUGGUUGCUCCUGUUCAAUCCCGCAAACCUAUCCCUUUAUGGAGAAACCAUUCCCGUCAAACCUUACCGGUACUUGGAACCCGCCUACACCCUUAGCCUCCUCCAUGGAGCAACUUAUCAACAGCUCUUUGGCGUCAUUCGCACGAGCUAAUUGUGACCACUUGUUGGUCGGGGAUCUCUCGAAGCUUGUCUUCAAUCUAGAAUCCUACAAGACAUCAAAAGAUCUUUCCUCCAUUGCAAGCUCCUCAAAGUUAUGCAUCUUGUUGGAAGAGUCAUGUAGUCUCUAUCUUUUCUUUUCAUGUACUCUUUUGCUCUUAAGCUGUAUGAACAAUCCUCUUUUGAGGUUUUAGUUUAAUGAAAUGUUUGACAA